AUGAUAUUGAAGUGUUUUGGAUGCCCUAUGAAUAGAUUGUAUAAGGAGGUAAGUGAAGAGUUUCUUGGUGGGCUGAGAGAGUAUGUUGAUGGGAAGAUUGGAUAUGAGGAGAUUGAGAGGCUUUGUGAUAGAGAGUCUUUGGCGUAUAGCAGGGAGAGAUGGGAGAGUGUGAUUGAAGAGGGAGCGAAUGAGAUUCUGGAGAUUAAGCGAAGGAUAUAUGAGGGGAUACUGAAGAUUGAGGAGAAGGUGAGGAUGCUGGAAAGGAUGGGGAAUGGAAGGGAAUUUGAGGCUGAUGUUGAAGCGGUAGCGAUGCAUUCGGAAAUUGUUGGAAGGAAUGCGGUGCCGCCUGUUGGAUAUGAGAAUGCAGGAGUGUAUUUGCCACCGUUUCCAUCGAUCAGCAUGGUAAGAAGCCUGAAUUCUGAUGAUGCCGCAUGA